AUGCCGACUCGGGUUGGUUGGUUGAUUGAUUUGAAUUUUUUGGCGCAAGGACCAUUUUUGCCCAUACUGCGCCAUCCAUAUGAUGAUUUUUCUAAAUAUCUUACUUAUGACAAAGUUCCUGUUUAUUAUACUUGGAAUGCGACUAACAGGAAAUUUCAACGUAGGAAGCAAAGUAUUCCAGUUGAUGGUUAUGACAACGUUAAGAAAUCAGAUACUCUUGACCGAGUAAAUGUAAUCCACUCUAACAACAGUGAAUACUUCCAUCUACGGAUUUUACUUCACGUAGUCAAAGGACCUACUUCUUUUGAAUAUUUAAGAACUGUGGAUGGAAUUACUUACAAUACAUUUCAAGCUGCAUGCAGAGCCAUGGAAUUGUUGGAAAGCGAUUCUCAUUUUGAAAAUAUCUUAUCAGAAGCGGCAUUAUACAGUUUGCCAGCAUCAUUUAGGUAUUUGCUUGCUAUUAUUAUUGUUUUCUGUCAUGUUACUUAUUUGUUGACGCUUUAA